UGUGUGACGUGUGCCAGUAUCUCCAGCGUCUCUAAAUGAUCUUCUCUCUUCAGGCCCUCAGUGAUGACUCUGCUUCUCAUUACCACACUGCUGUUCUCAGGUCUGUGCAGUCUUUCCUCCUGUGUGCCACGUCAGUUCCAUGUGGUGAAGGAGGCAAAGAACUGGACAGAAGCUCAGCGCUACUGCAGAGAGGAGUUCACUGACCUCGCCACCAUAGACAACAUGAGGGAGAUGGAGAUGUUAAACAGCACAAUGAAUGAAGCAGGUGCUGCACAUGCUUGGAUUGGGCUGAAGCAUGGAAGCAGUCCUAAGUGGCAGUGGUCCUUGGCUGACAGGGACAGAGAGAAUGAGGAAAAGUUCAGGAAGUGGAACUCAGGCCUGCCACAAGGAACUAAUAAGAACUGCACUGUGAUGAAAGGAAAUGGGAAAUGGCACAGUAGGAGUUGUGGUGCCGACAGUGCCUUCAUCUGCUAUGAUGGGGGAAACUCCACACAUCCCUAUGUGCUGGUUGUUACUCUUAAUAAGAACUGGGCAAAUGCUCAGAAUUACUGCAGAGAGAACCACACAGACCUGGCCAGUGUGAGGAACGAGGCAGAGAAUGAGAAGAUAAGGAAGGUCCUAGGGUCUACCCACGAGGCCUGGAUUGGCCUGUUCAGGGAUGCCUGGGAGUGGUCAGACGGCAGCACCUCCUCAUUCCGCCACUGGGCAGCUAGAGAACCCAAUUAUGGCGUGAGUGUGGAUGGUUUCUGCACUCAAAUGCAUUCCAGUGGUCAGUGGAACGAUGUAGGCUGUGAGCAUGAUUCAAACCUAAUUUGCUAUGAGGAUAAACUGGCUCUGGUUCUGGUUCGUCAGAAUAAGACCUGGAAAGAGGCGCUGCAGUACUGCAGAGAGCACCAUGUGGACCUGGUGUCUGUGACCUCCGAGCGGAUCCAGCGCUGGGUGAGGGGGCGGGCUAAAGGAGCCUCCAGUUCUCACGUGUGGCUGGGCCUGCGCCACUCCUGCAACUUGGGCUUCUGGUUCUGGGUCAACGGAGAGACGGUCUGCUACAGCAACUUGGGCCCAGGGGAAAAGACAAAGCCGAACUGCCAGAGUGCCGGGGUGGGGGCAGUGAAGUCUGGAGGAGACGGGGAGGGAGAGUGGGUCAUGCGUCCAGAGACCGAGGAACACAACUUCAUCUGCACCACUGAGGAUCAGUAG